UUUUAAUGACAUCUGACAUCGAAAUCAGGUGAGUUUCUUUGUAGCCCGGCGUAGAUUUUUACACUUUUGUCUUUUUGAGAAAUUUUAAGCGUCGAAAAUGUUUUCAUGGAAUAAGUGCCAUGAAUCAUCAAUUAUCUUAUGACCAUAGCUGAUACCGGACGAUGACAAUGGGUAGAUCGGAUUUUUACGAUGGGGAGGAUAGCUCCGACGAAGAGGGGGCGACCUCUACGCAUGAUAUCUGGCCCGACGAUGAACUCUACCAGGUCGCUCUUAUGCUUCCCAGUGGUGAAAACGAAUACUUGAACAUCGCCGAAAACACAGAAGAACGGGAUAGGUUUGUUGAAGAUUUAGAAGGAGUUGCAAUUGGAAUGUCUUCCGCAGGAGAAGAUGUAGGCGAAGAUCUCGCGAUGCUUACAACUGACCCCAAUCUCGUGCUUUCCGAAUUUUCCGACGAGUCAGAGCACCAGCAAGCGUUCAGGGAAGCGAUCCGUUCCACUAUGGAGGAAGAAUACGAGAUGGACGACGAUGCGGGGGAAUGGUACGACGAUCCCUACGGCGACGACUUCAUCCAUGACUUUUCGCUCAUCGAAGACGUCUGGAGCCCUGAAAAAGGGUGGUUCCGUUGGGCGAUGAUCGAAGACUGGUCGCAAGAAGAUGAGAACGACUGGCAGGAGUUGCUGAAGAAAAAGGCUAUCUUUGCCCAAAGCCCAGCUCGCUCUGAGGAGCAGAUGACGGACGAAGAAUACUGCCUUCAUUUCAACAUAAUCGACACCCUAGAGUUAGUCAGGACGGUGGGAAGGGCCAAGGAGGGGGUUCAGAUCCUGUAUGACCUGCUGAAAGAUAGUGACGUCGAUUUGAACCACUACCUGGCCGAACUUGACUACUGCCUGGUCCGCUACAUAAUCUGGGGACUCAACUUUCAUUACAACCACGACUCCGAUAAUUUUGCAGACACCUGGCAAGAUCCGAGCGAAGUGCUUCCAUCGUUUGAAUACCGCCUAUUGAACACUACGACAAAAAUGUUUCAGAGUUUUCAUUCAGUCGGUGAAAUAAAUGUGAAAUAUUGGUCCAUGAUACUCAAUUGGUUUGUUAAGAAGCUGUUUGUGUCAAAGUGGCCGUCGGUCAAGCCCCAGAAGAAUUUGAGCCCAGAGAGGCAGUCUUUCUUCGGGCCUAACCAGCAGCCGAUCGACCAGUGCUAGUGCCGAUCGGGCCAACAAUCGGCCUCUUAAUACAAAUUUAUGAGGGCUGUAACCCGUGUACGUGUAUGCAUGUUUACAAAUAAUAAAUAUAAAUUAUGUUCAAUAAAAAA